AUGUCCGUUUUUGGUUGUCUGCUUGAGCACUCCCGGAGCUCGACCAAGUUAUGGUGCGGGAGGAUGGUUGUUGCAGGGGAUGGGCCUGGGUUGAAGGAGAAGAUAGCGUCGGUCGGGGCACGCCCGGUUUUUGGUCGGGACACACCAUCAUCCCUCAUGGUCCCGACCCCACGUCUUGGAUCACGCUCGCUGCCUCGCGAAGGCCACUCUCUUUCCCUUGACAGGCCGCAGGCUCUCAUACGCUACAAUACUUCAAGGGUUGCUCAACAACCGCUUCACCAUCACCACUGCGUCGCGCUCGGCUCCCUUUCACAUUACACGGACGCUCUUUAUUUUCACGCUGCACCCGAACCGUUCUUCACCGAAGUGGGCAAGGGUCGGCGCCCGUGUCUCCCUCGUUCCCGCCUCCCCCAUCACGUACUGUCGUCACACCCCCUGUCUGCCUGUUUACUAUUAAUUUCCAGCCUCCCGGUCCCACGUUCUUUUACCCCAUCUGAUUAUUUCACCGUCUCCAUCUCUGUCUUCAUUCUCGUUCCCGUCCGUUUCCCCUAUCCCAUCCCUCCCGCAUGCAUAGACAUGGCAUCUGGUUGUCCUCUUAUUCCCCACUUGGUUGUGGCUCUGCAUAUAGUUGGUCAGAGUCCCUUCGAAGGCGAGUGGGAUGAGAGAGGGCGCUGCGUCUGGCUCGGUCCGUCGAAGUCGUUGGAAUUGGAGGGUCGGUCGGUUAGUCGGUCUACUAGGAAACCCCGCGCACGUCAUUUGCCUAGACACCAUCCUGCGUCUAUGGGUUUUUUGAAGGAGUAG